GCAGACAGAAGCGUUGUCAACUCUGGACAUAUAAGGUAUCGUUAACAAGUUAACUUCACACAUGUAACAUAACGCAGCUGAACAUAUAGCAGGAAAAAAAUUGUCAAAUCGUGUAACUUCUUGGCAUAAGUUGUGCAGCAUAUUACAAAUGAUUCUUUGAAUGCCCCCCCUUCAACUUUAGAGAGGAUAGAAAAGUGCAUGGUGUACAGUUUGCAUGACAACAUGUGAUAUACCUCAACUAGGACACGUCCAUGUCGACCGGUUAAUCUUUGCCGCUACUUUUAAAUGCUUCUCAAUUCUAAAAAUGUCUUGAUUUGACCGCUUCUGAAAAUUUUCGCGAAUUGUCGAUGUGAUGCACCAGUCAUCUUGCGACAGUUUGACCUUCAAGUGCUCGCAACCUUUAUGGGUGGACGAUACCCCUGAAGCGUUGCCUUGUAUGAUUCCCAGUUUGGGUUUUGAGUGUAAGCAAAUCCAAACAGUCUUAUUGACGUUCAACCCUUGCUAGUUCUGUUGUUUACUUCCUUGUAGAUUGUUUACCUGUGAUCAUAAGACCACUUCAGUUGCUGACCGUUUACCUAUCAAACAGUUUUCUUACAAUUCUUCUAACACCACGACCUAAAAUCUUUCAAGUAGCUGAAACUUCUAAAAAUUACCAGUCAAAUAUUAAUUUUUAGCAAUCAUACACGUUCCAUCAUGCCUAACCCACUGAAAACUCUUUGCACAGUGUUUAUGUUCUAUUGUUUCUCAAUAUGCCUUACAUUUUUCAACAGCCGUUGUAUAAAAGUGCGAAAUUUCAUCGAAUAAUUUUAAAAGUUAGGUGUUCCCAUAUCCACUCUCAAUCACUUUACUGCACAUGAUCAUUAAAUUCUUAUUGUCAUGGUUCGUAAGGUGUUCACUAUCGUGGUUGUAUAACUGUCCAAGAAUAGAGCUUCCGUGGGCGAAGUAUGUGAGGGUUGUUGCUGUCUCUGGGAUCUCUAGUGCCCUAGAUAUUGGUUGUUCAAAUUGGAGUUUUGAGUUCAUUACAGUAUCAUUGUACACAAUGACAAAAUCUACCAGCGUCAUUUUUAUUGUGAUGUUUUCUGUUUUAUUAAAACAGGAGAAAAAGCAACCAUCCUUAGCCAUCAUUGUCGUUCUGAUUACCUGUGGGCUUUUUAUGUUUUCAUAUGAGUCUACACAGUUCAAUUACAUUGGAUUCCUUCUUGUUCUCGCAGCGUCAUUCCUAAGUGGAAUUCGUUGGUCUUUCACCCAGCUUGUCUUACAAGGACAAUGUUAUGGUCUUUCUCAUCCUAUUGAUUUUAUGUUCCACUCACAACCAUGGAUGGCACUGGCUAUUUUGCCCCUUUCUCUUUACAUCGAAGGUUUUGAACUCAUAACAGCAAAGAAUCUUUUUCGCACUGAUGCAUUUGAUCAGUUAAUAGGCGACUUAGUCCAACUAGGUACUGGAGCUUUGUUAGCAUUCGGUCUUGAAAUAUCAGAGUAUCUAGUUGUUGGUUCUACUUCAAGUUUGACUUUAUCAGUUGCUGGUAUAUUUAAGGAAGUAUGUACUUUGUACCUUGCUGCAAAAUUUAAUGGAGAUAAUAUAUCUUUCGUUAAUAUGAUUGGCUUCGUCAUCUGUUUGUGUGGAAUCACUCUUCAUAUAGUUGCAAAAGCUGUUAACAGUAGCAAGUACGUCGGAGAAAAGUAUCGUUCAUGAGCGAAAAAGUUAAGUCAGGAAUACCAAUUUUACUGAAAAUUUUUGAAUCUAUACUUUUUAAUUUUCAUAUUUAUUCAUGCUUCAUUUUUCAGUCAAUUUUGGUUAACGGAU